AUGGUGCAACCAGCUUACUUCGCUUCUUACCAAACAAAAACGUUUGCUGUUCUCGAGGCAACAAGAACCAUUGGCUAUUUUGCCAGAGGUGUCUCACUCCUCAAUAUGACAGCUGUAGCCGUGGAUCGCUUUGUAGCUAUCCAUUAUCACUUGCGAUAUCCGCAAUUGAUGACCAAAAGGCGCGUCGUUUAUCUAUUGGCAGGCCUUUGGAUUAUCACCGUCUCGUUAUCUUCUUCAGGCGUUAUUGAUAAGAAUGUUUAUGGUUCACUAUUUCUAUUUCUAUAGCUUUUUCCCUUUUCACUUGCACCAUUUUCUACACAAAAAUUGAUUGCGUCGUUCGAUGGCAUCAGCUGACCCAAGAUCUGAUUGCUAACUCUCCCCUCCAGCAGCUACACAUUUCCUUGCAAAUCAGUAAUGAAAUUUAGUGUAAGAUCAAGAUAACAAUUUCUACCUGAUAAAUUGUAGUUUUCUCAAUAUCUGUUUGCAGGAUUUGCAGGAUAAUGUAUGGAUAUUAUAGGGAGAAGUUCCAUUUUAAUCACCUCUGGGAGUUAAAGAGUUACAAUUUACAAAGGAAUGUUUCGCGGGCUAAAUUUUAUCUGAUAGGUCAACAACUGAAGAUGUUGUUACCGGAAACGCAUAGGAGAGUUCAACCCUGGACAUCAGUUAAUAAUCAGGGCUCCCCCUGACUGCAAUGGACACUUUUUGAAAUAAUCACAUUCACGUAAAUCCCCAUAGGAGCUGAGAAAAAGGAAAGACGAAAAACUCAUAUUUAUAGACAUUUCACAAAAAGCUGAAUAAAGUAGUGUGCUUAGAUAUAAGAUAAUUUUUAACGCCAUUUCACUUAGAUUUCUCUCACACACGAAGAGAACCGAUUUGUAAUUAAAUUUGAAAAGCGUUUCGGAAGUGUUUUUGGUCUUGGAGGAAAUAAAGCAAAUAUUUUUUUCCUAAGAAGUCGUUCUAAUAUAGAUAAAAACCUGACGCCAUGUGCAAUACAUUUUCUUCCUUUCAUCUAAUGUGUGCAUUCAUAUUUUGUACAAUUGGUUUCAUUACGUGAUUACGGACCUAAAGCAAUCAGGACGGCAGCGCCAAGGAAGACUUCGAUUGAAAAAUGAAUUUCUGCCUUAAAUUAGAACUUCAAAAAUGGCUGCAUGUGUUUACCGUCUAAUACCGCGCCACACCUCAACUUCAGCAUAACGUAUAAAAGAAGCGUAGAGUUCCAAAUGGAAAUUAAAAUAAUUUGCAGUCGCGGUUUCGGUUCGCAAACGACGCAAAUUGUAGUGAUUUCACGUUGUUGUUUUGCAUAGAACGGCUAAGAAAUUUACACAACUUUAAAACGCACGCGCUGAGCCAUUGUUCUGCCAAUUAGUUAUUUUGUUUUUCCAACUCUGCCCCCAGUAAUGAAUUCAAAUUGCUGCGUGAAAAGCCUGCUUAGAAGAGUUUACGGAAAGAAGAUUGUCAUCGAUGAGCAAAUAGAAAUGAACAUUUACGAAUGAACUGAAGUCUCACUAGAAAAUGUCUUUCGUGUCAAAUUUUGUCUUAUUGCCAAAUGAAAUCUUCUAUCGCAAAUAGGGAAACGUAUGCGUGCUGUUUACAGAAAUCAUGCACGAUUGAGUAUUGAUCAAUGCUAUAAGAGGAGGGUGCAUCAAUUAAAAAUAGACUCAAAGUGGCAGGUGAACAUGACAGAAAUACAUCUUAAGGGCCCUAUGAAGCUUUGGGGCAAUAUCUUCCAUCUGGAGUUGUGAUCGUGUCCAUUGGAGCAAUACUAACAACAGGACACUGCUACAAGAGAGCAGACGAGAGCUAAAAUGGCUGGUGAAUUUGAGAGAUACUUUUUAGAGAAGAAUGACAGUCUUAAAACCAUCGUUGAGCUAAACUGUGUCCUCAAUGUUCCCCUGAUGUUCGUAACCAUGUCUGGCAACACCUUUGUGCUCGUAGCUGUAAUGAAAACACCUUCACUCCGUUCGCCAAGCACAAUUAUGCUAUGCAGUUUGGCUGUGUCUGACCUUCUCGUUAGCUUGGCAGUUCAACCACUCUACGUUGCUUCAUAUCUAUCGAGAAAUUAUUCUGUUUUCGAGGCAACGAGGACAUUGGGUUUUAUUGCAAGUGGUGUCUCUCUAUUCACCAUGACAACAAUAGGAGUGGAUCGGCUUUUAGCUCUUCAUCUUCACUUGCGAUACCCACUACUAAUGACUCAAAGACGUGCCAUUUAUCUAUUGACAGCGUUAUGGAUCAUUGCCGUCUUGUUAUCAUGUUCAGCUUUUCUCAACAAAAUUGUCUACGAAUAUACUAUCACCGUUUCUAUUUUUAUCUCUCUUUUCACUUGCGCCGUUUCUUACGUCAAAAUUUUUUGCAUCGUCCGACGACAUCACAUACAGAUAAAAAUUCAAGAAAAAGCGGUAGAAAGUUUGAAUUCUGGAAAGAAUCAAGAAAUCCAACGCUCGAAGAAAGGUGCUGAGAACGCUUUUAUUUAUUUCAUUGCAAUGAUUUUAUGUUACACACCUUUGUUUAUUAGCAUGUCGAUAUCAGUUGAACUUUGGAAAAUUGAGUGGAUCUUAGCAGAUACCUUAGUUUUUCUCAACUCAUCCAUCAAUCCAUUUCUCUACUGUUGGCGCCUUCGAGACCUUCGAGCGGCAAUUUUAAAAACUAAAAGGAAGUGCUUUUGUCAAACGAUAGAACAAAAUUAAGCAAAGGGAUUAGCGAAUUAAUGGUUAGGCGUCAAUUCGCAACAAUGAAGUCAGUCAAGUUUUUUUGUAUUCGUAAGACGUAGAUUAAGGGGUCUUUUCAACGAUAAGUGACACCUUGAAAGCGCACAAAUCCGCUCCCUAAACACAGUGAAAACAACUAAUUGCACUGUACUACGUUGUAAAUAAAUGACUUGAAGUCACGAUUUACGUUUAUAAGUUUUUUGGGCAGUUAAUAGAGAAGUUUAUUGACUUUCGCAAGGUCAAACCCUUCUAAGCGACAGCCUGUACACAUUUGACGCAAAAUUGCCAUUAAAUCCGACAAAUUACGUUCAGCAACAUUUUGAAUUAACCCAUAUUGCUCCAGUAACACUUCUGAGCGGCAGCUGCAACCUUUGAACUGUUUACGUAUUUUUAUUAAACCUUUAACACCCACUUACCUAGAUAACUUGGGUGUAUGUUGUGAUCGAUGUGGCAGUUUUCAUGCAAAAGUUAUUUUUCGUUUCUGGACAUAUUCUCUCAGUUUGAUUCAGCCAGCUUCAGACCAACAGUUAAAAAACCAAAGCCUUUGAGGCGUUCAUGUUUUUAGGCUAAACACUGGCCGAGGGCGUUUGUGGUCAAUUUAUUGAAAUUGGAUGGUUCUUUUCACUUUUAGCAAUCGCGCCUCAACACACAGAUAGCAUAAAUCAUGCUAUCAAAAUCUUUUCAGAUUUUAAGUCUAAGAGUUCCACGACUCAUCAUAUUUCGUUGGCGUUCCAUUAAAUCAUUUGCAGUCCAACCACAAAAUAAGACAGUGAAAGCAGUAUAACCAAGACAGGAUAAUAUAUACUUAUUGAAUGAAGGGAAAAUAUUUGGCUGGAGGUCAUGACAUAUGGACUGAACUUAGCUCGUUUUCAUGUUUAUGACCAUUACCUAUACAAAAAACUACGGAACUCAGCAAAAACAAAUACCACAGCCAUGUAUAUUAACUCUAUCUUAUCUAUCGAGGCGACUUUCGUAAACAUCACGUUUCAAUCAAGGAAACAGGGAGACUUGAAUGACACCUUAUCGGUUCGCCUAAAUCAAACACGCCAAAACCGAUCAAAUUCAAGGUAAAUUUUUGAAAAAAAGUGAGGCGUUCUUAACUGAUCCAACUAACAUAGCUAGGAAGUAGGUGCCAUAGAAAAGGUAACUACAGAAAAAACUUUGCGGCCCGACCUUUACGAGAACUUUAUAGCUCCGUGAACUUACCUAAUUUUCGGCAAUCUCAAGUUUGGCCGCCAUUUUGAGGACUUGUCAACAUGAAGCGUAACCGAUAAAAAUCAAGCAGGUAAAUCUAAAACCGUCAGAAAUACAUACGAAAGCAAUUCAAAUGAACUUUACUUUCAAUUCAAGCGGCAAAAUUUGAAAUUGUUUGUUAAACUUACCAUCCCCAUGCGACCAUUUAUUCCAACAAUUCAAACACUACAACUUUCUGAAUUCCCCUCGUCGAUUCCACCGCAAGAAAUAACCUGUGCCACCCAAGCUUCGACUCGAAUAUGAAGUACGAAUCAAAUAACAUAACUGCUUCAUCUUCGCGGCAAUAUCACGCUGGUAUUUUGAUUUUCCGAUCGACAAGAACGGUGAUCAAGAAUCGAUCGGUUUGUUUACCUCAUAAACGUGAAUCAAGUAACAUAACUGUAAGUAAAUCUCUAUCACUUUGCAUACAUUCUUGGGAACAGAAAAAAUUACUUAGAGCAAACACUCUAAGUACAGUGUUCAUUCCGUGCAAUGGGGCAUAAACAAAGGGUUCUGGUAGAAAAGACAUUUUAUUUUAUACCACUGAUGACAAGCAAAAAGGUUAUAUGGGUACACGGUUAAAAAUAUAUUGAUAACUCUAUUAAUUAAUACCAGUUCUAAUUUAAAGGAGAAAGUUAUGAGAAUAAAAUAAAAGUUGUCUGUACCACGAAGCAUGCCUUCACUGUUUAGACUGAUAGUCCUAGAGCUUUUUGAGCAUGUAUUCGAAUAUCUUAUGACGAUAAGCCCGCCAACCACCUCACCCCGCGCUAUGCUGUUUUCACUUAGCGGCUGGUCAGCGGUCACGUUUAUGAGGUAAACAAACCGAUCGAUUCCUGAUCACCGUUCUUGUCGAUCGGAAAAUCAAAAUACCAGCGUGAUAUUGCCGCAAAGAUGAAGCAGUUAUGUUACUUGAUUCGUACUUCAUAUUCGAGUCGAAGCUUGGGUGGCACAGGUUAUUUCUUGCGGUGGAAUCGACGAGGGGAAUUCGAACACUAGUUGUAGUGUUUGAAUUGAUCAAAAUAUGGUCGAAUGGGGAUUGUAAGUUUAACGAACAAUUUCAAAUUUUGCCGCUUGAAUUGAAAGUAAAGUUCAUUUGAAUUGCUUUCGUAUGUAUUUCUGACGGUUUUAGAUUUACCUGCUUGAUUUUUAUCGGUUACGCUUCAUGUUGACAAGUCCCUCAAAAUGGCGGCCAAACUUGGAGAUUGCCGAAAAUUAGGUAAGUUCACGGAGCUAUAAAGUUCUCGUAAAGGUCGGGCCGCAAAGUUUUUUUCUGUAGUUACCUUUUCUAUGGCACCUACUUCCUAGCUAUGUUAGUUGGAUCAGUUAAGAACGCCUCACUUUUUCAAAAAUUUACCUUGAAUUUGAUCGGUUUUGGCGUGUUUGAUUUAGGCGAACCGAUAAGGUGUCAUUCAAGUCUCCCUGUUUCCUUGAUUGAAACGUGAUGUUUACGAAAGUCGCCUCGAUAGAUAAGAUAGAGUUAAUAUACAUGGCUGUGGUAUUUGUUUUUUGCUGAGUUCCGUAGUUUUUUGUGAAUUGUCCUCCAAAGUUGUAUGAAAUUAAAGUCUUGAAAAGUGUCACGACAAGCCUUCGCUCGAGAGAAAUUUAAUUUCCGUAAAACUCUGAAAAAUAAAGAGAUCUGAUCAAACUGAUUGUGGUUUUAGUAUUAAGUGUUGAAAAUUUCUCAAAUUUUGUUUCAACCUUAACAGGACUCGAUAGACGGGCGCAGACGAGAAAGCCACAAAAAAUAUGCUACGAUAAACAAAUUUUAAAAAAAAAACACUUUUUCCCGAGUAUUUUUCGAGUUAGUGCAAGAAACUCACAAGUAAUCGAAAAACGCACCUUUUUUUUAUUCUUUUCGUUUUUCCUUGAAUUGAACACGAGAAGAGAAAUUCCAUAUCCAUAAACAGCCAUGUAUUAUUUUGUUUAAUUUAUAAAGACAAUAGCCCUUUACUGACAUGAAAAGAAAGUAGAUUUUAUUGAUGAAUGAAGAAAACAAGGUCCACAAUACUCGAAAAAAGAUCGUCACUACCGGCAAGGGAUACUAAUUUUUAAGUAUUUUAGUGGCCAUAAUCGGAGAAAAUUUCGUUAAAAGACCAUGGAUUGAAAACGGUGAAGGCUUGGUGGUUCAUUCAUCAACCUGACAGAGUGGCCCAAAAGGCGAGUGAUGAGUAAGCAGCUGAUUGACAUCGAUAGGGCUGGAAAUCCUUGUGCAACACUUCAUUUUAUGUGAUAAAGCUUUAUUCUCUCCUUUUAUUACUCUUUUCAAAAGAAAAUCGCAACGAAAAAUUGCGGCUGAAACAUUUAUCUCCUACGGCAAGUUAUUAUUACUAUAAUUAUUAUUAUUAUUAUUAUUAUUAUUAUUAAUACUAUCAUUACGUCUAAAAACGCAAUAGCUGAUGGAGAUGACCAUGAGAUGACUCUGAAGGUCGCGCACCGUAUCUGAGUACCAAAUUGAUAAGCAUUUCCGGCAUGCCCUCUUCCUGUUUUCAAAGGAAGGUAAGUCCGGUUUUGCUAAUGUGCACACAAAUAUAACUGUCAUUGGAAGAUCUGGAACCCGCAAAUAUUCGAUUUGAAUGAUCGUUGAAGUGCUCAAGCGAGACAUAUCUUGAAAUAGCAAGUUAGAAGUAACUACAGUUUGGGUUGUCGAGAUCGCAAAAAUCUUGACUUUCAGUUGACAUAAAUUGAACGAAGUAAUGCGUUCGUCUAUAAUGAUGUUCCGUUCACCCUUUAACUCCCAUGAGUGACCGAGACAGAAUAUCUCCUCACAAUAUCAACACAGAAUCAAGCAGAAAUUUUGAUUGCGAUAGAGAAAAAUACAUUCUAAAUAUCAAAUUAUUAACGCGAGUAAUUUCACCAAGCAAGAAUCGCAUGGAACUACCGGCAAGUUUUUGUUCCUCUCAUAAAACGAAUAUGCAUUUUUUCUUUUCAGUUAGUGUUUACGACAGGAAACAAAUUUUCCCCUCGAUAUCUAAUACAGACUUUGGCACUGGGUUAACAAUAAAAGAAACAAAUUGACGGUUGUAUACGUUAUGUAUGGAAAUUAUGCAAAGAAAAGACAAAAAAAAAAAAGAAAAAAAAAAAAAAAAAAACGCCAGCAUUUCAUUCCAGGUUUGUGAAACAGACGCUUCCAUUCAGAACUAUAGGACAGGAAGACCUUAUUAAGAAGUGGGCAGAGCGGCGAAUGGUUGGUGAGUUAUAUUUUUUCAUUUUUUUUUUCACUUUUGCGAAACAUUUGGUACUCUUUUCCGCUUAUUAAUUUAUGCAAAUAAAAGUAUGCCAAUACUCAAUUGGACAUAUGUUGCAUUAUACAUUCGCAUAAGAGGUUAUCUUUUAACCGAAUUUAACGCGCCUUUAAAUCAUCUCCGCCAAGAUGGCAAUUGCAGGUAACUUUGGAACUAACCAGUCCCGCAACCAGGAGAAUAGUUCCGGAUUAGGGACCGUUGAAAUCGCAAACUGUAUCCUUAACGCUCCUCUGAUGCUCGUAUCCAUCAUUGGCAACGUUUUGGUUCUUGCCACCAUAUUGAGGACUCCAUCGUUGCGUUCGCCAUCCAUGAUUUUCCUCGGUAAUUUGGCUGUUUCAGACCUUUUUGUUGCCCUUUUCGCUCAACCGAUUUACAUUUUGGCUUACAUGUAUACAACAGGAAACAAUUAUCUUGGCCGAGCAACUCAUGUUAUGGGCUUUUCUGCUUGUGGAACCUCUCUUUCGACAAUAACAGCUUUAGCCGUCGACCGAGUGUUGUCUCUUCAUUAUCACAUGCGAUAUCCAGAUUUUGUGACAACACGUCGUGCCUUGUGCACUUCAGCCACUCUUUGGUCCAUUCACGUGCUGAUCUCCUUGUUGUCAACUCGGUCAAAGAAAAUGUAUUACUUCGCUGCAACCGUUUCCAUUUCAAUAUGCCUUUCAGUUUGCAGCGUUUGUUUCAUCAAAAUUUACAGAAUUGUUCAUAAGCAUCAGUUGCAGAUCAACAUUCAGCAACAGGCGGUAGAAAGAUUGAAUGAAGCCUUAGAAAAUAAUCAGAGGGUGACUAGAUCCGCGAAAGGUGCCAAAAACAUUUUUAUCUACUACAUUGUGAUGAUUACGUGCUACACCCCUUUGUUUUCUGCAUAUUUAACAUCAGGUAUUCCACAAAUAAGAUAUAGAUUUCGAUGGACCUUUCCAGUAACCGUAGCAUUUUUGAACUCUUCAAUAAAUCCAGUCUUGUAUUGCUGGCGACACCGCGAGCUCCGAAAGGCAGUCUUGAAAACUGCAAGGCUAAUUUGUUUCAAGGGACAGAUUGAAACUAACUAA